CCUUGUGUCAGUUGUUAACAAUGAGUUCAUCAGCAAGUCGUCGUACGAACUUGAAAAUAGUGGCAGGUGCUUUAGUAUGUCAGGAAAGUAUUCUGAAGGGAGAUAUCACUAUUGGACCCAAAACUGUGGUUCAUCCGAGAGCAAGUAUCAUUGCAGAGGCUGGACCAAUUAUAAUAGGUGAAGGAAAUAUCAUUGAAGAAAUGGCAGUUAUAGCAAACAGACUACCUCCAGGUGCUCCAGAGCCAACAACAAUUCCAGUACAGAUAGUGGGUAGUUAUAAUGUGUUCGAAACUGAUUGCACUUGUGAAGCAUUUAAAGUUGGGGAUAAUAAUAUUUUAGAAAGCAAAGCAUUCGUAGGCCGUGAAAUUGAAUUGACCAAUGGUUGUGUCAUUGGAGCAUCGUGUUCAUUGACACAACCAGACACAAUACCUGAAAAUACCAUAGUCUACGGUAGUCAGUAUCAGCGUAGAGAAAUGUAUGAUAAACCAUAUGCUCCAAUAAGUCAGUUAGAAUUCUUGCUAAAAGUUUUACCAAAUUACCAUCUUAUUCAUAAAGCUAACAUAAAGCCUUCAAUAAGUGAAGGGGGGUUAUAA